UGUUGGCCACCAGAAAAUCGAAAUGUUGUGGGGGACACGCAGGGAAUUACCACGGUGCUGCCUUCGAGCGGGUGGCGUGAAACUCACACAUAAAAGACUGACUAGGAGGCAAUAGUUGCCACACUGCUCACCACGAAGAACCACUAUGAUUACCCAUUAUGUUUAUGAUUUAUACGCUUCUCUGUUGGCGUCCCCCCCACGUUGUGUGUUGGCUGUCUGUACCUAAUGUGACCAUCAAGAUAUGUACUGUACAGAUAGGUAGAUAGAUGGAUAGAUAGAUAGAUAGAUAGAUAGAUAGAUAGAUAGAAGAUGCGAAUUUUGGAAAAGGAAAGACUAUAAAUGACAAAACAUUCAGAAAGUUAAACAUAUUUUUCAAACAUCAGUUCAUGUGUUGGAUCUGAGCCUCUGGUUGGUCUUUGGCUGUCAAGUGACGCCGGUGUUCCUCGUCUGAGCGCAGCAGACAGGCGGGACUGUUUGCAUUGAGAUGUUAAGUGGGUGUCUCUAUAUAAAUCCACUCGGGGUCAACUCCUCCAUUCGUGCGCCAGAGAGGGACAGAACUUAUAACUUCAAGGGAAACCAAACAUGGUGGCGACGACAGACUGCGCGGAAAAGUCAAAACUCAAAACUGGACACAAGGUGUGCAGAGCGACUUGUCAUAAGGACAACUGGAUUUUGAGGAUGGAAAAUUUGAACUUCAAUGAAGGGUGUUGUGUGUAGUAUUAAUUUACCCGCCUUUCUUUUUGUUAAACAGGUAUCCAAACCAGUCAUGGAAAAGAAACGAAGAGCUCGCAUAAACAAGUGUUUGGACCAGUUAAAAUCUCUCCUGGAGAACUUCUACAGCAGCAACAUUCGAAAGCGCAAACUGGAGAAGGCCGACAUCUUGGAGCUCACUGUGAAACACCUGAGGAACCUCCAAAAGAUCCAGAGCUGCACUGCCGCUGCUUCCGAGUUCUCCGAUCACCAGACCGGCUUCCGGAGUUGUCUGGCAAACGUCAACCAGUACUUGAUCAUGGCGGACACCUUGGACAACGGGGGCGACCGCUGGAUGUUGUCGCAGCUCUCCAGGGAACUCUGCCGCUCCCGGGGACGAGGGGAGGUUCCCUCCAGCACCAUGGACAGCGGCCCGGUCCGAGCCGGGGCGCGGAGGCUCCUCCCGCCGGCGACCGGGCCCGAGGAGAGCAUCACGGCCGGGUCCAAAGGACCGACAGUCAACAGUGGGAGCAAGGGUCGUUUCCCACCGAGCGAGGAGGCUCGGCAGUCACCCGGAGCCGAACAGGCGCCCACACAGAUCAGUCACGACCGAAGUCCCAUGAGUCACAAGAAGCGUCACUCCGUCGGCCACAGAGACGAAGCUGCGAACACUCGGCACGACGUGUGGCGGCCUUGGUAGAGCUGGUGGAGAGCUGUAUACGACUUGACUGAAUGUUUAUAAUUGCACUGUAUAGAAUGUUCACAAUAUGCCAUUACUUAUUUGGGCAACACUGUAUAUGUUAUAUUUUCAUAAUA